AUGAAUGCCAGCUAUGUUAUGACAAUUUUAUUUGGCGAACAAUGUUCGUUUUGUCGUCCAUUGCUGCAGCCUGUCAGUCAAAACUGUGUUGUGCUUGUCUUUUCAAAAUAUAAAUAUUUUGGCGCAAGUCAACAGCGCGAAAGACGACCUUCACUCUACAUUCACAACCUCGUUAAGCCUACUUUCAGAAUUGUUGACGAAACAACAGCGUGCAACGUGACAUCAGGCCUGACUAUGCCAUCCGACACACCGCUUCAUAAGGCAGCGCACAAUGGCGAUAAGGGUGCAUGCUUGCAGAUUUUGGAGGAAAAAUCGGUAGAUGUUAAUGCACCGGGGGCCGGAGAUCGGCGAGCUCUUCACCGCGCGGCAGGAGGCAAUCACGCAGAAUUGUGCACACUGUUACUGGACAAAGGCGCUGAAAUUAAUGGGGCGGAUAAAAGUGGUCGGACAGCACUUCAUUGGGCAUCUAUUAGUGGUCACAAAGAGGCUACACUAUUGUUGUUGCAGAAGGGGGCAAAUAUAAAUGCAGAGACCACAACAGGAAUGACGGCACUUCAUGGCGCAGCUGAGGGUGGGAAGGUGGAAAUUGUUAGACUGCUUAUGGAACUCAAGGCGGAUUCUUCGAAGAAAGACUCUAAUGGCAAGCUUCCUUUUGACUAUGCAAUGGAUGGAAAGCACAAAGCCGUUGUAAAAGUGCUGAAGGAUAUGGGAGAUGUCGCUGCUCAAAGUGCAUCUUGUAUCAUUCAAUAG